ACUCAAUAACAUCAUGGUCCACUCGUGCACGGAACGUAUGGGUAUGGAAAUCACAUGUACUCAGUACGCAUCACAAGCCGACAAUGUUGAACUAACAACUAUAUUACAUUAAGCAUGACAUUUUACCUAAACGAGAUCUCAUUAGCACGUACAGAGGUAAUACAAAAGAAGUCAAAUAAUCAUUGGGAUCUAUCCUUCCUGCUCACCUUUUUAAUAUAUGGAGGGAAGAAUCUGAGGGUAGCCUGAUGAUAAGCAACUAAAUCUAUAAUGACUAUAUAUUUUUUAAUGUUGUCUCGAUGUAGUAGUACCAAGCACCUAUUUAAUCGUGAAGUACAAAUAACAAGAAUUUUUUUAAAACCUUUGUUAACUUAAAUCGACUACACAAGCUGUCACACUUUUAUACCAUUUGGAAACUCACAGAGAAAAAUAUAAUUUCGACAUAACAAAAGAAUCCUCCAUUUUAAAAUCUUCUUAGUGAAAAUCUUUGUUACGCAUUAAAUAUGCAAUACAUUAAGAAAUAAUAAGUAAACAACCAUCCAAACAAAGUGUAAGACAUCUUUAUCUAAUUAUUGCAUUGGUAGACAUCUUUAAUGCCCCCACAUAACAUGGAAAAUUUAUCUUUUUUAUCUAAAAUGAAUGGCUUCUACACUUGGAUAUCAAUUUGACAACCACUUUUUUUGUUUUGUUGAAACGAUAUUUUAGUUGUAUUAAUAUUUAUAUGACCAAAUAAAUGAAGAAAAGUUGUUUUUUUCUUUUUCCUUAGAAAAAAAAUUCGAAAUAAAAAAUUUCUAGAUGACGUAGACAUCUAUGCAUUUAAUUUUGGGUGUAUACAAGUAGACAUUUAAACUAUUAUAAAGUUAAACAGUUAAACACAUGCACCCUAAGUGGCAAAUCAUGUGAGAUGCACACGUCCUACAUGUCAUAUUGUGUGAGAUAAUAUCAGCCAAAAUAAAUAUGAGCAAAUAGAGCAUUCUCAUUUUCAACAAUAUGAGACACACAUCACAAGAAUGUCAAGAAAAGUUGAAUUCUUGAUGUGCCCACACAAGAAAAACACACAUUUGUGUCCACACUUUAGUAUGUGCCGGAACGGAUGUAGAAGGUUGUUUACGGAUUCGACUGAACUCAGUAGCUUUAAUCCAAAUUCAAUAUUUUUAUUAAAAAAAUUCACUAAAUAUGUAAAAAUUUAAAUUUAGAACAAGGUUAUCAACACCUGACAUAUGUCGCUAUUUUGAAUUUUAACCCAUAAAAUUCAAGUUCUGACUCUCCGUUUCUCAAGGUUCAGUGUUACAUUUUUAUAUACAGCUUUACUUGCUUUCCGAUAAAUUUGUGUAAAACAUGUUAAAACACAAUAACGAUUUGCAAGACUUAGUUGAUUUGGUUUGUUUCGAAUGGUCAAGUCCUUGGGUCCUACAUAAGCUGGAAAAUAAAUUUAGGGAACAAUAUUCAAAAAUGGAUUUAAAAAAAAAAGUAUUCAAAAAAAGAUAUUCUUCAAAAUUAUCACUAUAUAAAGUCUCAAAUACCACAGGUUACUAGCCAUACCAUUUUCCUACAAAUUUAUGCAAUAAUGGAGAAAAUAUUCACCUCUUUUCUCUUGUUGCUUCAUUAUGUCAUGGUUAGUUCAGCUAUGAUCCAAACCAAAACUACCACUGACCAAUUAGUUCUUCUUUCUAUAAAAUCUCAAAUCAUUUUCGACCCCUUUCACUUCUUGGAUGAAAGUUGGUCUCCAGCUAUUUCUGCUUGCCAUUGGGUUGGAGUCACUUGUGGCUCUCGUCACCAGAGAGUGAAGUCCCUAAAUCUUUCCAAUGUGGCUCUUAUUCCACAUGAUUUUGGAAAUCUCACAUUUCUUGUUUCUCUUGACCUGUAAAGCAACAAUUUCCAAGGAAAUUUGCCUCAAGAAGUGGCACACUUGCGUCGGCUUAAGUUUCUUGAUUUAAGUUUCAACAACUUCAGCGGGAAGGUUCCUUGUUGGUUUGCAUUUUUAAACCAACUUCAAGUUCUAAAUCUUAGGAAUAAUAGUUUCACUGGUUCUACCCCUUCUUCAUUUUCUAAUAUAUCCAUCCACACUUGAUACUUUGAAUCUGAAUUUCAAUUCCAUAGAGGGCCAAAUACCAAAAGUGAUUGGAAACCUUAGAGAAUUAAAGUUGAGGGAUAACAAUCUCGUAGGCUCUAUUCCUCUAUCACUCUUGAAUGCCUCAAGGUUGGAGGCUUUAGAUAUAUCUUAUAAUUCACUUCAAGGAAACAUCCCAUAAGGGAUCGGCAAUCUUCACAACAUGAACUGGUUGGCCAUACAAUAUAAUCAACUUACGGGUUCUAUACCAUUUACAAUUUUCAAUAUUUCUAGGAUCGAAUUCAUUGCAUUUACUGGCAAUAGCUUAUCAGGAAGUCUUCCCAAUGGUUUAUGAAAUGGUCUCUCAAUACUCAAAGGGAUUUAUCUUUCUCAUAACAUGCUUCAUGGUCAUAUGCCUACAACCUUGUCAAAUUGUUCACAACUUCAAAUAUUGUCGUUAUCAUAUAAUGAGCUUGAUGGACCAAUACAUGGCGAAAUUGGAAGAUUGAGUAACUUGCAGAGCUUGGCGCUUGGAACUAACCAUUUCACUAGGAUAAUUCCACAAGAAAUUGGGAUUCUUUUUAAUUUGGUAGAGUUAGGCAUGGAAGAUAAUCAGAUUACUGGCUCUGUCCCGAUCUCCAUAUUAAAUAUCUCAUCGCUGCAAAUUUUUUCACUGCGGAGGAACAAUCUUAGUGGAUUCUUACCACGGGAGAUUGGCAACUUAACCAAGAUGCAACAUCUACAGAUUGGUGGAAAUAAGCUUAUAGGUGAAAUACCCAACGAGAUAAGCAAUCUCGUUGAGUUGAAGCUACUUAGUCUUAGGAUUAAUAGAUUUAGUGGUUCACUUGACAUGGAGAUUGUAGUUUUAGGUGGAUUGAGUGAAGAAUAUGAAGCAAGAAACAGAAUGAAUUCAAGAGGAGAAGAAACCAAGAACACAGUAUGAGAUUUAGAGAAGAAGAAGAUGAGAUUUAGAGAAGAAACUGAUAUGGAAAGUGUAUUCUUGUUCCAUUUAUUAUUCUUGUUCUGUACAGGUUAUAUAUAUACACAUACAGUUGAGAUUAACUAACAUAGAAAAAAUACUAACUAACUACUUAACUACUCUAACUGCUAGUAACUACUUUUUGGAAAUGUUGCUAUAGGGAAUAACUGUAUUUUGGAAGUCACAGUUACUGUAGCUUGUGAUCACUUUUAGCAUCUGGAAUGGACUGCUUAGCCAUUCUCUACACUCCCCCUCAAGCUAGGAAGUGAGAAAAUGUUAGGAACACCUAGCUUGGAACUGAGAUGUUGUAAUUGUGCUUUAGUGAGUCCUUUGGUAAGUAGAUCAGUAGGUUGAUCCUGUGUAGAGAUGUAUUUUGUAGAUAUGAGGACUUGAGUGAUAUUUUUCCUUAUAAAGUGGCAGUCAAUCUCAAUGUGCAGUCAAUCUCAAUGUGUUUAGUCCUCUCAUGGUAGACUAGAUUGGCGGCAAGUUGUAUAGCAGCUUUACUGUCUGUAUAGAUAUUGAUAGGUAGAGUGACUUCAAUGCUGAGUUCUUUAAUUAAUCCUUAUAGACAUAUGAUUUCUGUGAUAGUGGUUGCCAUGCUUCUGUACUCAGCCUCAGCUGAGCUCCUGGAGACAGUCGACUGUUUCUUUGACUUCCAUGAAACUAAGGAACCUCUAUAUUGUACAAAGUAUCCUGUUACUCAUCUUUUUGUUUGGGGACAGGAGGACCAAUCUGCAUCACAAUAUGUAGUGAUAGUAGUCUCAGGAGAACUGGACAGUAAGACCCCUUGACCUGGUUGGUUCUUCACAUAUCUUACAAUCCUUAGAGCUGCUGUCAUAUGAGACUUCUUAGGCUGUUGUAGGAACUGACUUAGUGUCUGAAUCCCAAAGGAGAUUUCAGGUCUAGUCAUUGUUAGAUAUAGCAGCUUACCUACCUGUUAUAGUUUUUUUUAUGAACAAGGAGUCAUCAUGUUCACUCUGUUUGAAUUCAAAUUUCAGUAAUGCUUGAGAUAGCUUUGCAUUCCAUUGCCUUGGUGCUUGCUUUAGACCAUACAGGGAUUUAGUGAGUACACACCUUAUUCUCCCCCUGACUCUUAAAUCCGUGAGGAAGAUCCAUAUAGAUCUCAUCAGUCAAGUCACCCUAUCGAAAAGCAUUAAACACAUCCAUCUGAUGGAUGUGCCACUUCUUUUGAGAAGCAAUAGUCAAAAUAAUUCUUACUAUUUUCAUCAUCACAACUGGACUAAAUGUUUCUUGAUAGUCAAUCCCUUCGUUUUGGCUAUAACCCUUAGCCACUAAUCUUGCUUUGUAUCUCUCAAAUUCACCUGAACUCUUAUAUUUGAUCUUAUAGAUCCAUUUGCAACCUAUAGGAAUCUUUCCUUGUGGAGUAACCACAUCCCAAGUGUGAUUAGCUUUUAAUGCCUCAAUUUCAGCCUUCAUUGCCUCAAUCCACUUAGGCUCAGUUAUUGCUUCCUUGUAGCUUUUAGGUUCUGUAUUGACAGGUAUUCUUGAAAGAUAUGCUUGAUAGGACUUGCUUACCUUGUCAUAAGAGAUAUAUUUGUCCAGUGAGUAGGGUGUAUGCUUUGCAUGAGAUACAAAGUCCUUCAUCCACAGUGGAGGUCUUUUAUCUCUUGAUGAUCUUCUAGUCUCUUCUGGUUGUGUUGCUGAUACAUGUGCAUCCUGCAAAAAGAUCUGAGUAGGUAGAUGUAGAGCAUUGUGAAAGUGCAUCAGGAAUCUCAGUAGGUAAGCUUGUUUCCUGAGUAGAAUGAGGUCCACCAGUAGAUUGAGUAUGAGUGAUUUCUUCAUCAUUUGAACCAGUGAAGUUGAAAAUUGUUGUGGGAUGCUGAUGUUGUAACUGGAAA